AUGGACAUCACCCCAGCCCACGGAUCCAGACACCGUUCCAGAUCCAGCUCCAGAACGAGAAACUCGACCGCAAACUCGAGAUCAACUUCGGCCAGCCGAAGACCCUCUUUGAGCGGAUCUCGCCGCUCUUUAUCUUCUGCUUCCUUAAACCGAUUGGUGAUUACGCCAACCGCCAUUGACUUGUUGCAGGAGCGGACUGUGCCGAGCAUCAAUGUUGUUCUUGAUAACUCUUUGCCGUUGGAUUUCUUCAAGCAGGAACUUAUUGGACUCAUCAAGGCGUUGAGAAUCAGCAAAUGGCACAAACGCCAGUUGACGGUGAGCAAUAUGCUGGUGACUAGAAUCUCGGGCGCUCUCACGAAUUCCAUUUAUAAGAUUGAGUAUAAGGAUGUAUCGCAGCAAUUGUCGCUUCCUGCGUUGCUUUUGCGAGUGUAUGGCAAAAACGUCGACUCGAUUAUUGAUCGAGACUCGGAGUUGCAGAUUCUCAUCAAGCUUUCGGCCAAGAAAAUCGGUCCUAAGCUCUUGGGGAUCUUUGAGAACGGCCGCUUUGAGCAGUUCUUGGAAGGUUUUAUCACCAUGGGUAAAGAUGAAAUCCGUAAUCCUGUGAUUUCCCAAAUGUUGGGCCGUAGAAUGAAAGAUCUCCACUAUAAAAUCGAUUUGGAUGAACAGGACCGCCAAUUAGAGUUCCCUGUUGCAUGGAUCCAAAUCAUGAAGUGGAUGCGUUUAUUGGAGACUCAAAUCUUGCCUUCCUACGAUCCGAAAGACGUGGAAGAUGCUUUGUUAAUGCCAUGGGCAAAGUUCAAAGAAGUGGUCUUCUCAUACAGAGAAUGGCUCUUUGCCAAAUACGACACGAACAAGUUGUAUGAGAACUACCGCUUUUGCCAUAAUGAUACUCAGUACGGAAAUUUGUUAUUGAGAAGUUCUUUUGAACCCAUGGAUGUGGUUCAAGGAGAAGCAAAUAACCUCAGCACGAGUAACAAAAGGGACAGGGACUUGGCUGUGAUUGACUUUGAAUACUCUGGUGUCAACUUUGCUGCGUACGACAUUGCAGACCAUUUCUCUGAAUGGAUGUCUGAUUACCACGACGCAGACAAGCCGUACUUCAUUCAUGAUGACAAAUAUCCGUCGUUAAAGGAACAGAUGAACUUGCUCAUGUCUUACAUCGAGUACGACUUUCAAUUCCCGACAUCGAACUUUAUCACCAAGAAUCCUGUUGAUGCGAACAGUGAUCAAAAGACUAUUAUGGAGUACGAGGCCAAAAAGCUCUACAAUGAAGUGAUUUUCUGGCGAGCCACAGUACAGAUUUUCUGGCUGAUUUGGGGGCUUAUUCAGAAUGGGCCUAACGAAAAGAGAAGUGAUGUUGACGAUUUGAGCUCGAGAUCUGAAGAACAAGGUGUUAACAGUACUUAUAGCAUCACCACAGGCUUGGACUCGGUCAACAUCAGCGAGAAUGCAAUUGAAGAAGAAGCAAUCACUUCGACAGAUGAUGAUUUCGAUUACUUAAAGUACACCCAGCAAAAGGCUGCGCUUAUUGCUGGUGACUUCAUUUCGUUUGGUCUUCUCAGCAUUUCAGAUAUCGAUCCAAAGUACCACAACGUCAUCAAGUUUUUGGACACUCAGGUUUUGGAUGUUUAA